AUGGGGAGCAUGAAGUUUCCGUCCUCGCGAGUAAUCGGGUCUGAUUCGGAUUCCCUGGCACCGUCUUCUAGCACCGAACGUGCCCUCCACAUCUCAUUCGAUCACCACCAUCAACUACUUCAGCAGAACGUGAGUGAGCUCCUUAGAGACAGAUCGUCAAUGUAUUCCGACUUCAGCUAUUCAGAGCAAGAGACCACACGUUCUGUUACCCCUUCUCAACUUUCUCCCUCUUUGCGUCCAGCUUCUCCACCUACAACUAUUCAACAUCCGGUGCCUCCCAGAGUUCCUUCUCCGCUCUCUCUUGACAAUGGAAAAAUAAGGAAUAUACCGCCACCUGUAGUAUAUGGAGGUAGCCAGGAAUUUGAGCAUCGGCUUCAUGAUGUUUGGGCUCAUCUUCCCGAUCACUAUGAUCGUGCCCCAUUUGUGGUUCGCUGGGAAAUUCUACGGAUUGCUCUUCACUGUGACGUGCAAGUGCAGGACCUGCGCAUUGAAUACGAUCCAUCGUGGACCGACCAAAGGACGCUAUGGGCGAGGCUUCAAGCUUUACCUAUAUUCCGUGGCAAGUCCUUUCCUGAAAGGUCCCGACCUGAAGCCUGGACUGCCGCCCUAAAUGAUAAGUUUGGUACCAGGGAUCAGGUAGUUGUGCUUACUGCCUCGCUCACAGCGAAUACGUCAAGGAAUGGGCCUUCAUUUCUUCUUAGGCUUAAUCCUCUAAAGUUGGAUCUCCCUCAUCGUCUAAGUCGUAGAUUUGGAUCAGACCGUUUCCUUGAACUUGUGAUACCAUCUUUAGCUUCCCAGGAUGUAAAAAACUUCGGUGAAUCCGCUAUAGAGAGUAUCCAGCAGUGGCUAGUCAAUGGAUCGCACGUGCUGCUUGGCCGUGUAUGGGCUUCGUUCUAUCUCAAAUCAGCCUUGCCCAAAAAGAUUACUAACGAGAACGCCCUGGGGCCCCAGUCUAAAACGAUACAUCAAGAGCGGAUAUACCUCUUCGCUGAAGACGGUAACGAUUUUCGCCGUCUAGGAACAAAUGAGCGUUUUUCACCAAAGGGUGAGCCAACGGGAAUGCAUAGCAAGAUGAGACGAGGAGAUCUUAUCGAAUGGCUCUUACAAACCCCCAACAAUCAGACCCAGCCAGUGCUGAAGCUCUUUUCGCGUAUCGCGCUAGGUCUAAGUCGUACGCAUCCGACUAUUAUUCUCCAACCUGAACAGAUUCGACACCGACCCAGUGACAUCUUAUCACCCACCGACAAGGUUAUGAAUGACGGCAUUGCCCUCAUGUCUUAUGGCCUUGCGCGAGCUGUACGUGACAUGAUGGGUUUGCAAGACGUACCGGCAGCUUUUCAAGGCCGAUUCGGUAGUGCAAAAGGUGUUUGGCUCCGAGAUGCCAAUGAUACCAGUGAUGCGAUAUGGAUAGAAACAACUCCGUCUCAACGCAAGUGGAAUUGCGAUUACAUCGAGGACGACCACCGGACAUUCGAGGUUCGUAACGAAUCCAGAGAGCUUAAAUCUGCCAAUCUCAAUUUACAGCUUCUGCCGAUUCUUGAAGACCGGGCCAUCAAUGCAGCUCAAAUGAAGAUCCAGGUUGGAAACUUCAUGAGAGACAGCCUCAUGAGAGAUCUCGAUGCCCAAAAGGCUGCUAUGCAGAGCCCUACCCAGUUUAGACUCUGGGUUUACGAAAACUCACCGUCAAGCCGUCGGGCGGAGCGUACAAAGCAUUGCCAGGUGCCGUUCACAGCUGGUCUCCCAAGUAGCCGGGAGGACAUUAUGGCCUUUCUUCUAGAUAGCGGUUUUGACCCCGCUAAACUGAAAUUUCUGAGCGACAUUGCUUGGAAGCUACGGAAGGAAAAAUGCCAGGAACUCCAAGAGCGGCUCAAUGUAAGAGUUGGCCGUUCUACUUACGCAUAUAUGGUUGUUGAUUUCCUCGGGAUUUUAGAGGAAGAUGAAGUUCACCUUGGAUUCUCCUCCAAAUUUACCGAUGAACAAUCCGGGUUUUCCGAAACCUUCCUCCACGGAUUUGACCUCCUAGUUGCUCGUACACCUGCGCAUUAUCCCAGCGAUAUCCAAAGAGUAAAAGCAGUUUUCAAACCCGAGCUAGGCUCGUUGAAAGACGUCAUCAUUUUCUCAACAAAAGGCGAUAUACCCCUUGCUGAAAAGCUCUCUGGUGGUGAUUAUGAUGGCGAUAUCGCCUGGGUAUGCUGGGAGCCGACGAUUGUGAACAACUUUCAUAACGCAGACAUGCCUGACGCUCCAGACCUGUUCAAGCAAGGCAUCAUACGCAAGGAGGCUCUGAAGUAUAACGAACUUGCGACAACUGAUGACAUUACCUCAGAGUUCCUUCUAAGAGCAUUUAAGUUUAACUUGGAGCAGAACCUACUUGGUGUAUGCACAAAUUAUAAGGAAAAGUUAUGCUAUGCCCGAAAUUCAGUGCAAGAUGGGCCUGCGAUCCUAUUAAGCACGCUUAUCAGCAACUUAGUUGACCGGGCCAAGCAAGGCAUCGUUUUUACGGACCAGGAUUGGGCUCGGCUGCGCAGAAACCUGAGCAAAGCUGACCCGCCAGAUCCUCAGUACAAGAAGAAUAGUUGGAGUGCUCAAGGCAGGCCUACACAUAUAAUCGACUAUGUGAAAUUUGGCGUUGGUCAGCCUAUAGUCGAAAGAGAGCUGAAGACAUUCCAUGAGUCUCUUAACCAAGCCGAGAAUUUUGAUAAGGACCUCGUAAGGUAUUAUCAAUAUUAUGAAAAACUCCAGAGACCAUUCACCGAGCGGAGGGAGGCCAUAAAAAAGCAGACUUGGGAAAGGAUUCUAGAAAAGCUCAGGAAGGAUAUUGAUGCUGUUGCCCAAGAUUGGCCGAAGUCUCGCGGCGAAUGGGACGCCAGGCUUGCCGGUAUUUACGACAAAUGGCAAGAAAUUGAACCGACGGACAAAGUAAAGUCGGAUACAGUCAAAUCUCUGCUACUACAAGAAGACCAAGCUAGAAUUGGCCUUUCAAGCUGGGAUCUAUUGAAGGCAUCAUUUGCCUUUAAGAUGUACUACAGCAAAUUCCCGAAAUUUGUCUGGUAUAUCGCGGGCAAGCAAUUGGCGUAUUUAAAGGCUACAUAUACCAGUCAAGAGUCGAGUGCUCCGCCAGUGCUCAUGACUCCCAGCAUGUACGCCGGUUCAAAACCUGACAAUAAAUAUGCCCGGGUCCUGGCGGCUAAAAACGACGGUCGUAACCUAAUCGAAGGCGAAGCAAUCAACGAAGAGGCGGCCACGACCUUAUCAGACGAGGAGGUUUAG